AUGAAGCAUAAAAAAGAUUUGAUCAAUUAUGAAUUAUCAAGGAGUUCAUUGCAACGAUCAUUAUCAUUGAACGAUGAAGAUUUACAGAGAAUAGGAUAUUGUGGUUAUCAUACGGUUACUGCUUCAACAUCACUUAGCACCGCAUCCGUUCCGCAAAAUUCGCUUCGAUCCACAUCAGUUGUUCGGGAUUCCGCUUUGCAAUCAAUAUUAUACCAUACACAAAAUG